ACUCACUUCAUUGGGCAUCUCAAUGCAAAAUGGCAUAUUCAAAAUUUGAACAACACACACUUCUUUGAUUCCCCAUGCUACCUCCUCAUUUCGCGCCUCUCACUCUCUCUCCUCCUCCUUCUCUCUCUCCUUUGACCACCUCGGCGUCGCCACCAUUCCCUUUGACCACCACCACCACCAUUACAUCACUUUAAACCCACAUCUCCCUUCAUUCACACAUUUCAUCAAACACCUCACCUGCAUCUCAUCCCUUUAUUAUGAGCAAACUAAACAAACCCACUUCCGAUGAUUCCACCAAAUCCCCCGAUCUGGGUAUCCAAGAUCUCAGCAUAUCUUCCAGCCCCAGAACCGAUUUGAGCGUCAGCACCUUCAGCGGCUCCAACAAUUGCUCCACUUGCAUUGAAGAAAAAGACUCCGUACACUCCGAACAACACUCCGAACAACAAUCAGACAACGAAGAACUCGAAGCAAAAUAUUACAGCAAAACCCCAUCAAAACCCCAUAAAUCUAACGACAUCAGGUGGGAUGCAAUCCAAUCAAUCAAAGGUCAAGAAGGAGAUAUAAGUUUUUCACACUUCAGGCUAUUAAAAAAGCUUGGGUUUGGUGACAUUGGGAGUGUGUAUUUAGCUGAGUUAAGGGGAAUGGGGUGUUUGUUUGCGGUUAAAGUGAUGGAUAAAGGGAUGCUUGUUGGGCGGAAGAAGUUGGUUAGAGCUCAAACUGAACGAGAGAUAUUGAGUAUGUUGGAUCACCCGUUUCUUCCGACGUUGUAUUCGCAUUUCGAAACGGAGAAGUUGUCGUGUCUGUUAAUGGAGUUUUGUAGUGGUGGUGAUCUUCAUAUUCUCCGGCAACGACAGCCCGGGAAACAUUUUGAUGAGCAGGCUGCAAGAUUUUAUGCUUCUGAAGUGCUUCUGGCUUUAGAGUAUCUUCACAUGAUGGGCGUGGUAUACCGCGAUUUAAAACCCGAAAACGUUUUAGUUAGAGAAGACGGUCAUAUUAUGUUAUCUGAUUUCGAUCUAUCCUUAAGAUGUUGUGUUAGCCCGAGAUUAGUCAAGUCAACAAACGAGCCAUCUUGCACUGCGACGUCGUACUGUAUCCAGCAAUCAUGCAUCGAGCCCUCGUGUAGGGUACCCUCUUGUGUGGAGCCGACAUGCUUUCAACCUUCAUGCUUCAAACCGCGUCUUUUUAGUUCUUCCAAAACAUCACAUUCCAAAACAGAAAAAAGUAAAAAUACCGUCAGCUUAGAUUCGCGCCCUGUGCUUAUAGUUGAGCCAACUGCUGCAAGGUCCAUGUCGUUUGUCGGGACCCACGAGUAUUUAGCACCCGAGAUCAUUAGAGGCGAUGGUCACGGGAGUGCUGUCGAUUGGUGGACGUUCGGUAUAUUUUUGUACGAGUUGCUUCACGGGAAAACACCGUUUAAAGGCAACGGAAACCGAGAGACGUUGUUUAAUGUCGUCGGUCAAUCGUUAAAGUUCCCCGAGGGGUCAAACAUUAGCACUGCGGCAAAAGAUUUGAUUCGGGGUCUUCUCAUUAAGGAUCCGCAAAAACGAUUAGGGUACAAAAGAGGCGCAACCGAGAUUAAACAACACCCGUUUUUCGAAAGCAUAAAUUGGGCUUUAAUCCGCGGUAUUCAUCCUCCGGAGAUUCCAAAACCCGUCGAUCUUUCGUUCUUUAGUCAAACCGUUAAGUCAACAGCGCCUCAAAACGACAAGAAAGCUUCCGAUUCAGAUAGAUCAUCAGGGCCUUACUUAGAUUUUGAAUUUUUUUAGUUUGUUUUCAUGAUAAAAAUUGGUGCAUUAGAACAUUAGACCAUUAGUUGAUUAUAUGCUUGUGUUCACUUUCUCAAUGAAAAUUUUGGUUUCCUUUGUUA